UGCAACAACCCAAUCGUCAAAAUACAUGACUUCAAGAAAAAUAGAUCAGAAAUAAAGAGAGAAACUGAUAUUAUACGUUAACAUCCGAUCAUCACUAUAGAAGAUCCCGUAAGAAAACGGCCGUACUCCGUUCCUGUUAUUUUCUAACGAUAAUAAAAAACUUGUACAGAUACUAUUGUUAGUAGACCUGAGAGAUAAAAGGUUUCUUUUGAUUUCUAUAAACAACUACGCAAAGUGAAACUUAAAUUAAUUAAAAUGGAGCUUAAAAUACUUCAAAUAUAUUUAGAUGUAAUCUAAAUUAUUUUGAGUUUAUUGAAUUUUUUUGAAUUUUAUAUAAAUUCGAUUUAAAUUCAAAAUAAAAUGAAAUCUUUUACAAUUUAUUUCUUCACUUGAUAAAUUUUUGUAAAUGUAAAUUGAUCGUCUACAAUCCCUGAUGUAAAAUGUUCGAUUAAAGAUCGUUUGAUAAUCCCAUAUAGCAUCACAAUCUUACAAAAAAGAUUAUAGCUCAGUUAAUCAUUUUUCUUAUGUACUUGUCCAUAUUUAUUCGCUUUUCAAAAAUUAGUUAAGGUCAGUUCAGUUUAACGUCGUUUUUUAAGAAGUGGUUCGAGUUCGGUUCGUCUUCGGGCUCUGCUUCGGAUGAUUGUUUUGCUCAGAAAUAUCAGUAGUCUAUAGAGCUGAAAAUCAACCCUACAUUUACUUACUCAGUUAUGAUUAGUUACAAUUAAAAAAAGGUAAUUGAAUCUAAAAAAUAGAAAGCUAAAUUAAAACAUUGGUUGAAAAGAUAUUUGUCUUUUUCGUUUAUGACGAGUUGAAAUAAUAUAAACUCUCAAUUUUUAUCAACCGAUAAUGAAAACAAAGACUUCUAAGAGAAAGCUUUGAAAUAAUUGUUUUGCUUUAGUAAAUUCAAGAAAACUUUUUUUUUUUUUCAAAAUUUGAAAACUGUCAAUUGUAUUUCAAGGAAAUGUUUUGAAGAAUUUUUUCUUCAUAAAUUUCGUUCAACAUUAUCAAAAUCUAAUAUAUUCGGACGAGGUGAACAUGUUCUAAUUGCAUAUUCCGGUGGACCAUCAUCAACAGCUUUACUUCAUUUAAUUGCUGAUGGACUUAGUGUAAAUGCUCGACGACGUCUUCAAUUUCAAGCACAUGUUGCUUUCAUUGAUGAAUCUUCAUUGUAUCCGGCGGAUUCAAUAAAUAUACGUGAAAAAGUAAUUGAUCUUAUUACGAAUCAAUUACAUUAUCCAUUACAUAUUGUCUCUAUUGAUGAAAAUCUUGAUAAUGAUAAUAGUUUAAAAGAUUUAUUAUUUCAACAUACAAAAUCAUUAACAGCUCGUGAAGAAUUUAUUCGAAGACGAAAAUUAAAAUUAUUAUUUGAUAUUGCUAUUCGUGAAAAAUGUACAAAAUUAAUUACAGGUGAUAAUUGUACAAAACUUGCCGCUCAAAUUCUUUCCGAUAUGGCACAAGGCAAAGGUGCACAUGUUGCAUUGGAAUGUAAUUUAAUUGAUACUAGAAAUGAUUUAGUUACUAUAGUGAGACCAUUUCGUGAAAUAAUGUCAAAAGAAAUUGCUAUGUACAAUCGAUUUAAUUCUAUUGAAUCUCUUCAAAAUGUUGAUAUAUCAACAAUGGUAUUUAUGAUUUUUGUAGAUUUUUUUUUUUUUUUUUGUGUACUCAAAAAGUGAGUACACUACUAAAAUCGAUCUGUGUGUCCGGCCGUCCGUAUACACGAUAACUUUCGAAAGGAGAGUCAGAUCGCGAUGAAAUUUUUUGCACAGUUCAGUCUUUACAAUAUCUCGGUCGAGUUCGAAGAUGAGAAGGAUCCGUCGAGAAAUGA